AUGAACGUAUUUACAGCCAACUUACAUAAAAACGAAAAAAGGUGUAUUUUGCUUUUUAUUUGUUACAUGUAUACGUUAUUGAUUAAUUUUACUAUACUUCUGGCACAGUAUAGAUACAAUUUAUCGGUUUUGGCAUCAAAUACUACAACAAUGGAAACUUCCUUUAUUGUUAAGCUUUGUAAUUUAGAUAAUAAUGAUUCUGAAAGUAUAGGAAUUAAUGAUUCUGAAAGUAUAGGUAUUGAUGAUUCUAAAAGUAUAGAUGUUGACGAUAAUAAAAAAUUAGUAGAUCCAGCAAAAAGAAAAAAAGUAUCGAAAUUAUGGCGGCAAAUUUUAUUAAAAUGGAAGUGGAUAGUAGGUGGUGUAUUCACAAUAUUAUUAUCAUUUAUUGUUAUCUUUUGUGUAGCUUAUGCAGGUGAAAAUGUAAAAAGUUUAGUGCAAAAAAAUGUACCCCAUUCAAAUUUAAUGACAAAUAGUACAUCGCCUUUUGAUGCUGUAAAUAAUAACCAAAGCAUAGUAAUUAAAUCUAAGAAUUCAAGUAUUUUCAAAAAUUUCUUAAACGAACCCUGUUGUUCAUGUAAUUCUGGCUUUAAUGCUUUGGAGUUUAUGUUUGGUAAGCCUGAAUAUAUUGAAUUAUAUAAAAAAAUUUACAAAAAUGGUCCCUUAUUCGUUGAUACGAAAAAUGUUGUAUAUAAAAAUUGUAUUAAAGAGCCGCAUGAAGAAAUGAUUAAAUUUUUGCUUAAUUUGAGUGAUAAUUUGAAAUCUACAGCUACUGUUGUAAAUGCAUUUUUAGUGCGAGAGAUUCAAAAUUCUACAGGAGAUAAGCUUGGAUUUUUUGAUAAUAUAACAAAAAACGAUAUCAUUGAUUUUAACAAAGCCAUCUCACAAGAUAAUUGUCAAAAUACCAAGAAUGAUUUAACAACUAGUUAUUUUAUAGAUUUGUUUAAAAAUGAUUUUAUAUUCUCAAAAAUGAUAUUUGUAAAAAAAUAUGAUCUUUAUAAUGAAUCAGAAGAUUAUUUUUUUGAAUUUUUAACGUUGUGGACACAACAUGUUAAAAAUAUUAACAAGAAAAAUGACGAAAUAAUCUGUAAACUUUCGAUUAAUCGAUAUAAGUUAGCAUUAGGAAAAAUGCAUGAAUUGCUAUCAAAAAAACUUAAAAACAUGACAGUAGACCAAAAGUUAAAACUUGAAGAUUUGUACCUAAAAAUUUACAAAUUGGAUUCUAUUAUGUCAAAAAUAACUGGUAAACUACAUAAAUUGUUUGGUAUCGACAAGAGUCAACUACAAAAUUUUAAAAAUUCUAGUAAUUAUUUUGAUAUUCUGUUAGAUAUAUUGUUAUUUGGUACUUAUCAUGAUCUUUUUGCUAAAUGA